UUGGUAAGCAAUGACAUCAUCUCGAUUGUUCUUGGCCUAAAGAAACUAGUCAAGAGGAGCCUCUGGAUAUCAUGUGUGCACGUAACUUAAUGGCCAACCAAGUCAUUGUCCCUCCCUCUUGUUGGAAAGCAUAAAUGAACGAACUCUGUAUGUCACUGCAUAUUAUAUAUAGAGUACCGUUUUGUUACUGCAGGUCAUUGAGAAGAGAGUGCCCAACAUGAAGAAAACAGAACUGAUUUUCAUCCCUACACCUGGAAUCAGCCACCUGGCGCCUACUGUGGAGGUAGGAAAGCUCAUCAUCAACCGUGAUGACCGGCUUUCCAUAACAUUCCUUAUUAUAGAGCCACAGAGAUUUGACUCCAAACUUGCCUCUUACAUUGAAUCACUUGCUUCCUCCACCAUAUCCAACCGUCUCCAAUUCAUCAAACUCCCUCGUCUUGAGCCAACAUCCUCAGAAAAGCCCUUGGGCUUAGUUAAGUUGCUCGAGGACCAGAAACCCCUUGUCAAAGAACAAUUGACCAAGAUUGUUCAGACCCAAAAUGGUCCUCAACUCGCUGGCUUCGUUAUUGAUAUGUUCUGUACAUCCAUGAUAGACUUGGCCAACGAGUUUGAGGUUCCCACCUAUAUUUACUUCACAUCAAGCGCAACUUUCUUAGGACUCCAGUUUCAUCUCCAAACUCUUCAUGAUGAGCAAAACGUGGACAUUUCAGAGUUUGAUGGCUCAGAUGCAGAGUUAGAGCUGCCAGUUUUGCUGAACCCAGUUCCAGCUAAGGUCCUACCAACUUCUUUUCUUAACAAGGACUGGCGGCCUAAUAUCUUGGCUAUUACGAGAAGGUACAGAGAAGCCAAAGGUAUCAUUGUAAACACAUUCACGGAGCUCGAACCACUUGCAGUGAACUCUCUUCUUAUCCCUCCAGUGUACCCUGUGGGACCGAUUUUAAAUCUCAAGAGUGAUAGUGCUGAAAGAGCAGGUGAGGCUGACAAAAAGUCUGAUAUCAUGAAAUGGCUUGAUGAUCAACCUCCAUCAUCUGUGGUGUUCCUGUGCUUUGGGACGUUCGGAAGCUUUGGUCCGGACCAGGUGAUAGAAAUUGCAUCUGCACUGGAGUUAAGCGGGCAUCGAUUCGUUUGGUCUUUACUGCAAUCCCCACCGAGGGGCCCAGUCCCUGCACUUCCUACUGAGUACACUAAUAUUGUAGAAGUACUACCAGAAGGAUUUUUAGACAGAACGGCUGAGACUGGUAAGAUCAUCGGAUGGGCUCCGCAGGUCGCAAUCCUGUCUCACCCUGCAAUCGGAGGGUUCGUGUCACAUUGUGGAUGGAAUUCAAUUCUAGAGAGUAUAUGGUUUGGUGUUCCAAUUGCUGCAUGGCCAAUGUAUGCAGAGCAACAAUUCAAUGCCUUUCAUGUGGUGGUGGAGUUAGGGUUGGGUGUGGAGAUAAAAGUGGAUUAUAGGAAGUCUUUCAUGGACAAACCUGAAGGUAUAGUGAGCUUCGAGGAGAUUGAAAGAGGAAUUACAAGUGUUAUGGAGCAUGAUAGUGAGAUAAGAAGAAAAGUGAAGAAAAUGAGUGAAGCAAGCAGGAUGGCUUUGAUGGAAGGUGGGUCUUCAUACCCUAAUUUGGACCGUCUGAUAUCUGAAUUCUUAGACGGUUACGAUGAAUGUAUGUGACUAAUACAAAUGUAUGUGACUAAUACAAAGAACGU